CCACCGCCCCUUAUCCCCAUCCACCCAUCUCCAGAAACCCAAGAAACUUCGCACGGAACCAGAUCCACCUCACCAUGGCAGCCAUGGCCACCUCCGCCUCCAGCCUCCUCAAGACCUCCUUCGCCGGCGCUCGCCUCCCGGCGGCCGCCGCGCGCACCCCGUCCAGCGUCGCCACCCCGCGCGCCGGCGCCAUCUGCAACUCCAUCUCCGCCUCCACCCCUCCCUACGACCUCAACGCCUUCAAGUUCAGCCCCAUCAAGGAAUCCAUCGUCUCCCGCGAGAUGACCCGCCGGUACAUGACCGACAUGAUCACCUACGCCGACACGGACGUCGUCAUCGUGGGGGCCGGCUCCGCGGGGCUGUCCUGCGCCUACGAGCUCUCCAAAGACCCGUCCAUCAGCAUCGCCAUCAUCGAGCAGUCCGUGUCCCCGGGGGGCGGCGCCUGGCUCGGGGGCCAGCUCUUCUCCGCCAUGGUCGUGCGCAAGCCGGCGCACCUGUUCCUCGACGAGCUCAACAUCGAGUACGACGAGCAGGAGGACUACGUCGUCAUCAAGCACGCCGCGCUCUUCACCUCCACGGUGAUGAGCCGCCUCCUGGCCCGCCCCAACGUGAAGCUCUUCAACGCCGUGGCCGUGGAGGACCUGAUCGUGAAGGAGGACCGCGUCGCCGGCGUCGUCACCAACUGGGCGCUCGUGUCGAUGAACCACGACACACAGUCCUGCAUGGACCCCAACGUCAUGGAGGCCAAGGUGGUGGUGAGCUCCUGCGGCCACGACGGGCCCUUCGGCGCCACGGGAGUCAAGAGGCUCCAGGACAUCGGGAUGAUCGACACGGUGCCCGGGAUGAAGGCGCUUGACAUGAACAUGGCCGAGGACGCCAUCGUGCGCCUCACCCGCGAGGUCGUCCCCGGCAUGAUCGUCACCGGCAUGGAGGUCGCCGAGAUCGACGGCGCCCCGAGAAUGGGCCCGACGUUCGGCGCGAUGAUGAUCUCCGGCCAGAAGGCGGCGCACCUGGCUCUGAAGGCGCUCGGCCGGCCGAACGGCAUCGACGGGACGCUCAAGAACGCGACCCCGGCGCUGCACCCGGAGAUGGUGCUGGCCUCGGCGAACAACGGCGACGUCGUGGACGCCUGAACAAACGGCCUGAGGCGACGCCCUUUAGGGGGUGGGUGACAAUCAAUAAGAUGGUUGAAUGAAACAGAGGAGGCUUCGAGACGAGGACUUUCUGUGUGCUUUGUCGACUUGUUUUAACUCCCCUGUUUGUCUCUAGCUUCGUGAUGUUAGCGUCUUGUUCAUAGCGCUGCCGCCGUGUGAUCGGCCUCGUGAAACUCCAUGGAUCCUUCUGGGACUAGAGGAGCGAAUAAAAAGGUUAUUUAGUUGUUUCA